AUGUUCGACAGCCACUGCGCGACGCACCAGAUAAGAGUGAUUCUCAUCUCGUGUGUGGUCAUUACAUCUCUUCUAUAUCCCGCACUUGCGAUAUAUUCGCCAUCUAUCCCGCUCUCCACCGUCUCGUCGACGCUCCUCAGCCUGCUCCCAACCGACAGCCAGUCGCCGCACCUGAGCGAUUUGCACGACGUGUGGAACGGCCACGAGGCCCUCCACGUUCGAUACGACGCAACUGCAAAGGCAAGAUGCGGUCUUGAACGCACCGUCCGCGUCGAGCGGCUCCUCAUUGCCAGUCACCGUCGACACGAAAAUGGUGUACUCAACAAGCCGGCCCUUGGCCUCACCCUCGACCUUGAGGCCGAAAUCAACGCGCGUCUCGCUUCUGCAACUCAGUACUUGCCGUGCGUGCACACACAGGCUGCCAAGUGUCUCUACACCAGUCCGCUCUCCUUUUGGAAUCACGACCCCGCCGUUCUCAAUGCCGACGAGGACAUUAUUGGCACACUCAACAAGCUGACAAACACGACGGACAAUGGUUUUGCCGUCACAUUACCGAUGGUUGUGGCCGACCGAGCGGGGCUGGAGAAUGAAGAAGUGGUGGACAUUGGGACCUUUCUCGUACUGACGUACUACUUUCGGGAUGAUGACUGUCACUCUCAGGGCGGUCACAUUGCAUGGGUCGACCUUGUUCAAGCUGCGAUUCAGGGCAAGGGACUUGCGCAAGUAGUUGCAGGUCAACCAAGACUCCUCGCUCUUCAGUUUGAUGCAGAUCACAGCCGUAUAUCUCCCAUAACUAUCCUCCUCUACACAAUCUAUCUCGUGGUGUUCAUCAACUUUUCCGGAAGUUUACGACGAAUGAAUACGGUUCAUUCCCGUUUUGGCAUUGCUUUCACCGGCAUUGUGGAAAUUAUCGUUAGUACCAUCACCAGCAUCAGUGUAUGCGCUAUCUGGGGUUUCCGUGUGACCAUGGUUCCUUGGGGCCUUCUACCCAUUGUAAUCGUCUUUGUAGGAGCCGAGAAUAUGUUCCGCCUUGUUGAUGAAGUCGUAUCAACCUCUAUCACUCUCCCUGUCAAGGAGCGCAUAGCACUUGGCCUGAGCGAAGCGGGUGCCUCCAAUACGCUCAAAGUGGUCACCUGUAAUGCUGCGCUUGGAAUUAUUGCCGUGUUUGCUCCAGGAGCCAUCCGCCAGUUCUGUGUUUUUGCUUUGGUCGUUUUGGUCGCCCAUUGGUUCCUUGUUCAUACCUUCUUUGUUGCUGUGUUAUCUAUUGAUCUUCAGCGGCUAGAGGCUCACAGGAAGCCACGGAUGGAUGGGAAAGAUCUCAAGAGUGGACCGUCCUCACCUUUGGAUACGAAGCAUCCAAAGGAAGCACCAGGGCUCAUGCAUCGACUACUUUAUGGAAGUGCCGCCCGAAAUGGUAGUCUGAUCCUGAUGCUUGUAAUUACUGCUGUUCUCUAUCAGGUCACGUCCUCAGCGGUACCUGGAACUCGGUCUACAUAUACUCGCGACAAAGUCGUUGCUCUUCGCAAAGCCGGAUCUCAAUCGCCAUCAUGGAAGUUGUGGCUGACGCUCAAUCCCGACGACGACCCACUGCUUCACCUGCGGACAGAGCCACCCGUUGUGGUCUUUUUCGAUCGGCAACAAUCCUCGGAUGAUUCAAAGCCAUUCCAAGAGAGGAAGACAGGUACAAAGAUGGUCAGAGCCACCAAGAACGCUGUCAAAAUCUUCAUCCUACCGAUCGCCACGACAACAGCCCUUCUUUGGGCAUUGCUCAUCUAUCUUCUUAAAGAUACCGAAGGGCGUGAAGCCCCAGAAUCUGGCCACCAACGCAAGGAGUCUCAGACAGUCCUUGAAAACGGUUUCCAGUUUUCAACAAUCCCACGCGCUUGUGCUGCGGACGUGGAAUACGUCGACGCAACGCCAGACGGCUCCACAGUAAUAGCAGUCAGUGUGGAGAACGAGGUUGCCCUUUGGUCCGAAAAGGCAGGGUCCUACCUAAAUUUGACUGUCUCCGACAUUGAUGAUCAUGGAUCCUUUGUCACUGCAGUGGCAAUGGACUCCUGUGGUAUAUUUUGUGCGGCGGGAACCAAAGACGGGGCCAUCGCCAUCUGGCGGUUGGAGAACGGUCGGAUUGCUGACAGAAGGCUCUUGCGACGCUCCAGUAACGCGUCACGGGUAGUCAAGUUGGCGUUUGAGGAUCGCCCAGCUCAAAGGGGGGACCGGCCCUCGAUGCUUCAUCGGCGGUCACUCUCCGGCGAUACGCAUAUCACAGAGGGGUACCUUUUAGCCACUUAUAAAGACGGUAGCGCGGUGGAAUGGAACGACCUCCAUAAUCCUUCCCCUGUCAUGGUCAUUGAAAGCGGCGAGGAAAACUCUCGUAUUUUAAUCAUGCGACCAACGAUUGGAGACAGCUUACAGCUAGCCAAGUUGAGCGCAGACGGAUCAGUUCAACUCUAUACCCGUGACAUUCACGAGUGGCAAGCACAAGAAGUUUGCCAUAUUACGGGUUCAAAUGACCCAGUCACCAAAAUCCACACUGCCAUGAUCAACAUCGACCUAUCUCCUCGAAUCAUCCUCAUCGCCGCAACUAAGUCAGGGCAAGUGUCACUUUGGGAUGUGUCCUCCGGCUCAAGGUGGCUUCUCUUUGACGAGAUCUUUGAGGAUGUCAUGAGGUUACGACUCUCACGCGUCCCAACGAUGGCAUGCAUUACCUGUGGAGAGUUACGCCCAGAUGCGUUUAUCGCCAGUGUCGCUACAUGGACCACGGUCAUCAUGUAUCGAUUCAGCAUCGAGGACGCUCGGCGCUGCUCGUGUCCGAUUCUACAAGCCAAUCCGCUCCCUAGCGCACUUCGUUCACGCCAAGGAAGCUUUACUACUCUCUCCUCGUCGUCAAGAUUGAAGCAUGCUGGCCCCACUCCCAGCGCCUCGAGUUUGACGGGUGCAUCAGAGUUUCCAGUCUCGGCACACGGUGUGCACUCUCGACGAGGGAGUGAGAGAGACCAACCUCGGCGGAUAGAGGGAAGCUUUUAUUUGUUGGAUGAUGGCGCUAAUCCGCGCGAUGAAAGCCUUCCAGAUCUCCAGUGUUCCCGUAUUGCGGAGGUCUCAUUUCAAGAUGGGGCGUGGGACACUCUCGAUCAUAUGGUGUACGGCUUCAGGCGCAGCUCGGAUCUGGAGACACUGGAAGAGGAUCCUGACGCCGAGGAAGGGGCCGCCGAAGACGUUGCUAUUGCAUCGUCCGGGCGGUGGACAUCUCACUAUGAAGGACUGGAAAAACCAGUUCUCGAACGCUGGAAGCUUUGGGUAUUCGACCCAACGACACCUGAUCUCAGCAUUCGAGAGUCUACACUAGCCGCGUUGGCAGCAAACCCUGCGAAACAUCAUGAACCCCCUCAAACAACUUCAACCUUGCACAAUCGUGCGGAGAAGUCGCCAGUCGCGGUCUCAAAGAGACCAUCCAAUCCCUUGCAAAAUUAUCGCACGCCAUCUGCAUAUCCUCGUCUCCCUUUCACCGAGGUAUCCUCCCUCAUAUCCCUUGGACAUCACGCAUGUCUCGUCGCAUUUGGGAAUACCAUCGGUCUUGUUACGUUUUCCGCUGCAGAUUCCUCUUCAUCCUGUUUCACCAGAACCCUGCGAUCCCGAACCUCGUCAGUGUUGACGGCUGUUCCACCCGUGCCAAAGAAACGCAUAUAA